ACUUUCCGCAUUUAACUUGGAUGACAUUUUUAUUUCAUCAUUAGCAUCAGACGCCAGACUGACUGACACGGUGGACCCAGUUUGCGUUUUACGAAAGAGCCCGGAGUGAGACAUCUCCAUGUUUCUACAUUAUUUUUUUCUCGCUAAAACAUUGUAUUUGAUAAUUGUUCCAGCCUAGAAGGACGCGUGUUUUGACGCUAUUUGACGAAUAAAACAGGGACUCCUCGCAGCCUGGAUAUCGACAUAAGUCAGCCUUGCGUUUUUCUCUUUUGAUUCCUGCUUCCGUGGUCCUCUGCGUUCAGACCACAAACACAGCGAUGCCAGAGACAACGCAAGAGACGUGCGCUUCGGCCAAGGACUCUCCUUUCUUUAUUAAGAACCUGCUGAACUGUGAUAGCAAACCGUCCAAACCCAAGCCCGUACUGGCUGCCUCUAAGGUGGCCUUGGAGGGAGGAUUUUCCCUUUCCCAGGUCGGAGACUUCAACUUUCCCCGCUUCGACCUGUCCGCACAGAGGUUCAGUCUGCCGGCUCACUACCUGGAGCGCACCUCGGCGUGGUGGUACCCUUACGCACUCAGCCAAUCUGCCCACCUACACAGAGCCGAAGUCCUAAACAAACUCGGAGCCAGAGACUGCUCUCCCACCUCGGGCACGGACAGAGACUCGCCGGACCUGGUUCUAAAAUCCGAGCCGGAUGUCAAAGACGACGACGACGAUGAGAGUGAGCACAACAACAACAAAAGUGGCGACGAGAUAAUCCUGGAGGAGAGCGACACGGAGGAAGCCAAAAAAGACGAGCUGGAGGAGUGGAAGAAGAGAGACGACGACAAGAAGCCGUGCCGUAAGAAGAAGACGCGCACGGUGUUUUCCCGGAGCCAGGUGUUCCAGUUGGAGUCCACCUUCGACAUGAAGCGGUACCUGAGCAGCUCGGAACGGGCCGGCCUGGCCGCGUCUCUGCACCUGACGGAGACCCAGGUGAAGAUCUGGUUCCAGAACAGGAGGAACAAGUGGAAGAGGCAGCUGGCCGCGGAGCUGGAGGCCGCCAACUUGAGCCACGCGGCGGCGCAGAGGAUAGUCCGUGUGCCCAUCCUGUACCACGAGAACUCGGUCUCAGAGAGCGGGGCUGGCGUGCCCGUGAGCCAGCCGCUGCUCACCUUCCCGCACCCCGGGGUCUACUACUCCCAUCCCAUGCUCACCUCCAUGCCGCUGCUCAGACCGGUCUGAAAAGACAAGCGUUUUCAAAAUCAACCGAAAAGUUAAAAAAAAAAAAAAAUACUAAUAUUUUUCUACUGACUGAAUGAAGAAAAUCACAAAGUAAAGAGAAACUGUCAGGCCUAUAUGGACCUUUUUCUUGGAAAAUACAUUGUGUCAUUUUCCAAAAGGGUACCGUUUACACGUGAUUCGACAACUCAAAUCCCAUAAUUAAUAUUAUUAUUAUUAUUAAAUAUCACCUCAGGAGUCCACCUGCUUACACUGCCUGCAGCCUGAUGAGUGUUCUUUUUAUUUUUUCACUAUAGUUUUUGAACAUGACUUCGGGACAGGCCAACUCUACAACUGUAACCAUUUAUUUUUGUUGUUUACAAAAAAAUAAUGGUGGCCAAGAGGCGACUGAUUUGUUUUCAGCUGACAAAAUUAUAUUCUACUUUUACAUUUUCAGAACUCAUUACAUGGUGAUGUGCAAUACACUGAUGGUCUGAAUGAAUGAAUCCACAAAACAUGUCUUAUCAUCUUUUCACUUUGGGUAUUGAUGAGGCUUUGUUGUAAUUUCCUUUUUUUUGGGUUCCUUUUUUAAAUCGCUUGACGGGGACAAUCAAGACACUGUCAACUGUAAAAUACCCAUGUAGUUCUAUGUUUAGUGAUUCUCACUCUUGUUCCCUUUACAUGGACCAACUUUCAAGCACAAGUGUGAGCUCCAAAUGUCUUUUAAUCUACUUUGUGUUUUUGAACAGGAGUGGACAAAUAUCGACUACACUGAUGUAAAAAAUAUGUAAAUGUAUAUAUUUAAUGAGGCCCGAGGAGAGGAGCUGCCACUUCUCCUUUGUACAGUAAAAACGUUUUGAUAUUGUAUUGCUGAACCAUGUUGUGAAAUAAAUGGAGAAUAUUCCUUACAUUU